GCGUGUAGAAGCGUUGAAACUUUGUUAGGUCAAAGGUUGCAGCGCGGGAACGAGGCUGUGCAGUUUGUCCAUUUCCUGAUGUGAGCCCAGCUGUGUAAGACUGAGGACUUUUCUCAUAUUUCGCAAUUUUUCUCGUCUUCAAAAACCAGGAUGGGGUCUAGAAGGUGGUUCCAUCCCAACAUCUCGGGAAUCGAGGCGGAGCAGCUUCUCCUGGACCGGGGGAUGGACGGCAGCUUCCUGGCCAGGCCCAGUAAAUCUCAGCCUGGGGACUUCACCCUGUCGGUCAGGCGUCAGAGUGAAGUCACACACAUCAAGAUCCAGAACACGGGCGACUUCUACGACCUCUAUGGCGGGGAGAAGUUUGCCACGCUGGCGGAACUUGUGGAACACUACACGCAGAAUCAGAACCAGCUCCGAGAGAAGAACGGAGAAAUCAUCGAGCUGAAGUUUCCUCUCAAUUCUGCAGAUCCAACAACUGAGAGGUGGUUCCAUGGCCACAUCUCUGGGAAGGAGGCGGAGCGAUUGAUGAUGGAGCAGGGCAAGAACGGCAGCUUCCUGGUGCGCGAGAGUCAGUCCAAGCCUGGCGACUUCGUGCUGUCUGUGCGCUGCAACGACAAAAUCACUCACGUCAUGAUCAGGCACCAGAAAUUAUCGGCAUUGGAUGAUGGGAAGUAUGAUGUUGGAGGGGGGGAGAAGUUUGACAGCCUGACUGAUCUGGUGGAACACUACAAGAAGAACCCUAUGGUAGAGACAUCAGGGACUGUUGUUCAUCUUAAACAGCCCUUCAAUGCCACCAGAAUCAACGCCUCCAGCAUCGAGGACAGAGUCAAGGAGCUACAGAAGGACAACCCGGUUCACGAGGGGAAGGCAGGCUUCUGGGAGGAGUUUGAGUUUUUGCAGCAGCAGGAAUGCCGAGCAGACACCCGUAGCAGGAAGGAAGGGGCGCGACCUGAGAACAAGACUAAGAACAGAUAUAAGAACAUUCUGCCGUUUGAUGAGACUCGGGUGAAACUGAAGGACAUAGACGUCAAUGUCCCCUGUGCAGAGUACAUAAAUGCCAACUAUGUUCUGCCGGAUGGGGAGGAUGGUGAACGUAAGAAGCAGUACAUUGCCACACAGGGCUGCCUCCCAGCGACUGUCAACGACUACUGGAAGAUGAUCUGGCAGGAAAACACAAGGGUCAUCGUCAUGACAACCAAGGAGGUAGAGAGGGGAAAGAACAAAUGUACCAGGUACUGGCCUGAACCGGGGACCAAGAAGUCGUACGGCACCCUGCUCAUCAGACAUCUGUCCGAGACCAACUUCCCAGACUACACCCUCAGGGAACUCGAGGUCACAAAGGAGGGAGAGAACAACCCCCCACGCACCAUCUACCACUACCAUUUUAAGGCAUGGCCUGAUCACGGGGUCCCAGGGGACCCCGGCUGUGUACUAAACUUUCUCCACGAGACCAACACCAAACAGGAAUACAUCCCAGACGUUGGACCAAUGGUAGUACAUUGCAGUGCUGGUAUUGGGAGAACUGGCACAUUCAUCGUCAUUGACAUCAUUCUCAACCUGAUCAAGAAAUUUGGUCUGGACUGUGAGAUUGACAUCCAGAAGACCAUCCAACACAUGCGAACACAGCGGUCAGGCAUGGUGCAGACGGAGGCUCAGUACAAGUUUGUGUACAUGGCCGUGCAGCACCACAUCGAGACAGUGUCCAAGAGAAUAGCUGCACAAACGAAAGUUCCAGGAAGAGACUACACGAACAUCAAGUACUCGAAUGAAGAUGCAGGAGGCAUGGACCCUCGACUGGUCAAACCUCCGCCCGGCCCCACUUCUCCAGCCAUCCCACCAGUCUCAACCGGACCUCCAACCGCACCCAGACCUGAACAGUCCAAGACUCUCCCACAGACUCCAGAGCCAGAGAAACCAGUGUACGAGAAUGUUGGGAAGCUGAGAGAAAAGCAAAACUUCCGUGAACCUCCUGUGCCCAAGAAGCCAACAUAACAGUCGCUCGGACUCUGCUGGGAAUUUACUACAACCAACCACACCAAACCCGUAUGAGCACCGAAACAUGGCAUUUUUCAACUGGUCAUUUUGACCAGUAAAAGUUGACAUAAGAAGAGCAUCACAGCUGUUGAGACAAUAAGCUUUUUUUAUUCUUGUGGCAAAAAAAAUUCCAUAAGAUUGACAGACUGACAGCUAAAGUUGAUAUCUGACAAAAAAGUUAUCAUUGCCAACCGGAUAAGCGUAUUAAUUUUGAAAUUAUUUUAAGUGGUAUUUUGCUGGUAUUGUUGCAGGAAUCUUAUUUGCAGGAAUGCCACUUGGUAAAUAAUGAAUUCAAAUUACUAAUCAAAAAUAUAUUAUCAAUUUUUAAAUUUCACUGUCUUAAAUGGGGUUUUUGGAGACAGUUAUUUUUUCAAAUUUCAAGAGUAAACCAUAUAUGGUCUUUGAUGUUGUUAAAAGUAUGCAGAUGACUACAAUAUAGUUAAAUGUUUUAAUCUGGUCCAAUAGGGUACAAGAAUCAUGUGUCAAGUCUAGGACAACAUCUAAUGUAUAUACAUCUAUGAUGAAGUUAAGAAAUCAAGAUCUAAGUUGAACGUUUAAUAGUUUGAUAAUGCAUGUCUGUUAGGCUAUACGCAUUGGUCAACAGAAGCUUCUAGCAUCCAGGCAAUAUAUAGCACAGCUGUAUUUUCUCUCUUGUGAACUCUAAACCAAACAUUAACAUCCCUCUGUAACAAUGUUUGAAUGUAUUGCAUAUAAGAACUACGAUAUGAUGGUAAUUCAGCUUAACCUGUUAUGUUUUGUACUAUU